ACUUCCUUCAGAAUGUCUGAGCUUCACGGCACGCUACCAUCGCCUCUACGAUAGCGAUGAGCUCGGCACUUUCGCUCUGUGGCAAAGCUUUGGCCGAGGGCGUGGCAAUUCUCUAUGGGUGUACGGUUCUCACAGCGGCUUUCACAUACUCUAUCUUCCAGCGGGAGUUCUGGUUCGAAACGACUGAUGAGGAGACAUCUCAUCUUCGAAAAGCAUCACACGAGCUCUGGUCUCUUUCCGUGAAGAAUGACGCGAUAUCGCACAUUUUCCUUCGAGUGCCCAGCGGUCCUCAGCUGCACUAUCUGGAACCUCGAGAGCAAGUCAAGAAUGCCAGCACGCUCGUUGUACUGCUUCAUGGCUUCCCGGACUCCGGCUACCUCUUCUCCCGGCAAUUACGAUCGUGGCGGAUGAAGGCUGCUGUUGUGGCCUUGGAUUUGCCAGGAUACGGUGGAAGUGACAGCCUCCCGUCAUACGGCCCGGAUCAGAUGCUCAAUACGAUAGCGGAGGCCCUCAUCGAGCUCAAGCGGCGUUACCUGGGUCCUUCAAACGGGGCCGCAAGAUGUGUUCUUGUCGGCCAUGACUGGGGUGGCGUCAUUGGCUAUCGAAUUGCCGCUGAGUCCAAAGGCUUGAUCGAUGAGUUCGUGGCGAUAAACUCAAUUUAUCUGGCGCAUGCAAUCCAAUACAAGCACACGUCAAGCCAUUCGGCAGUACAGAUUGCAAUACGCAAAGCCAAAUCCCACGGUCCGGGCCCACUAGAAAGCAAAUCGGUCUCCGAGACUGGUCUGGCAUAUGGGCCGUCCGUGUAUGCACGCUCUUUGACCAGCCCACCUGGCGAUUGGGGUGACAAGAUCAGGCUCUACAGCGAUGGGCUCUUACGUCAACCAUGGACGCCUUCAUAUGAUGGACGGGACAAGCAAUCGCAACUCGUUGAUGCAAGGCUUCUCAACGACUCGUGGACCUUCAAAUGCCCAGUCAGCAUCAUCUUCGGGCUCCGAGACGUUGCUCUCGAUCCUCGCGUUGUGCUCGACGGCAUCGAAGAUCACUUUCAGCCGGACUCGGAGGACUCGCUUCAAGCAUCUGUGCUGGCCAACGAACGGAUCACGAGGCUGCCGAAGUGUGGACACUGGUCUCUUCUGGAGCACGACGGUGCAGAGGCUCUGAACAGCGUCAUCUCUCGGAUCUGUUUGGACGAUCGUGGGACGUGGCAAUAA